GCUGAUGCAGCUUGACGGACGCCGAGCGCUUUUCACCCACUCUUGAAUAUUUAUUUUUUCAAAAACCGUAUAAACCACCGUCCCACCGUCUGUCCGCGAAUGUUUGUGGAUGUAUAGGUCUAUUCGGACACUUAAGCCUGACUAAAGAGCAAAAUUUUGGGAGUGCGCUGAGGAAAAAGAGCUCGAGCUUCAGGAUGGAAGCGAUAAACUUGGACACAUACAGCCUGUCGCUGCUGACCGCUAAAGAGGACAUCCUAAACAGCCGAGCAUCCACCGACUGGGCAUUGUUCACAUAUGAUGGAGCCACAAACAACCUGAAGCUGUUUAAUUCUGGAACCGGAGGCUUGGUGGAAUUGGUCGAGAAGUUCCACAUUGCCAAACCCAUGUAUGGGCUUUGCAGUCAUGGACUGACCGAAGCGGGAGAGCCACGGAUAGUCAUGAUCUGCUGGGUAGGAGAGGAUGUGGACGAGUAUCGGCAGACAGAAUGUGCGAGCCAUGUACCUGCGGUCAAAAGCUUCUUUAAGGAGGCUCAAGCAUUUAUCAAUGCCUCGAAUAAAGAGGAGUUAACUGCAGAAAAGAUUGAGACUAUUCUAGCAACAGUUCGGCCACCGAUGGAAAGAUCUAGAAGAAACUCACGAACAACAGACAAAGAAGAGACUGUGGGCACAAACUACAGGAAGACCAACGCUGCUCUGGAGAUAAAACGUAUUAACAGAGACUCCUUCUGGGCGCGUGCAGAGCGUGAGGAAGAAGAGAGGAAGGAGGAAGAGAAGAAGAGGGCAGCGGAAGAAAGGAGACGCAUCGAGAAAGAGAGGAUCCUACAAGAGAACAAAGAGGCAGAAGAAAGAGAGAAGAAGAUGAAUGAAAAACUGCAAAUGAUUGAGGAACAAAAGAGAAUGGAAGCCCUAGCUCAGGAUGAAAACAGAAAAAAGGAGAAAACUCAAUGGGAGCUACAGCAGAGAGAGCAUGAAGAGGAGAUGAGGGCUCGUCUCAGACGCAGCGAGUCCAUAGAGAAAGCAGCUGAGGCAGCAGCACUGAUUUCCCAACGUUCCAUGAAUCCAAGAGAGUUUUUCAGACAACUGUCAUCAUCAUCCCAAAAUUCCACCAGUCCUGCAUCACCACGCUCAGGCAAGCCACCAUUCCGCCGUUACCAGCGCAGUCUGACAGACACGGCCUUCAUCUUUGAGAGAUCCAACAGCACCACAAGUGGCCCCACUUCCCCUCUCAGUCCCUUUGUCACUUCCCCUUUCUCUCGCACCGCAACUAGCCCCUCUAUUCGGCCCAUGUCUCCAUCCAGUCCCAGCUUCCGGCCAAUAACAUCUCCUAAAUCGCACCAUGUACCUAGAAGAUCUCCUCCCAUGUCUCCUGUUCAGAGGUCUGGCCCACCUGUGUCCUCUCCACCCAAUGUGCCAGAUUCCAAACCUCCUCCACCUCAGUUCUCCCUCCCAGUGCUUCCUGUUGCUCAGGUGUCUGAUCCACCUAUAUCUUCAGGCCUGGCUGAGGAUGAACUCUCCAGUCUAAAUACUGGUAUUCAGGAAAUUGCUACCAACCAGGAUGCCCCUAUUGUUCCUACUGGUGCCCAGACUGAGAGUCCAGUUCGUUUCAAAGAGCUUCAUUCAGAGCCAAAAGAAGAGGUGCUGGUUGAAGAAGAUGAAGAAGAGGAGGAGUUACCAGCAGAAACAAACACCAUCUCUCUUCCACACUCAGAAAACAAAGCCUACAUGCCACAUUUGGAAGCCAGCAUUGGCACUGUGGCUAGUCCUCUUAUAGAGGAAGAGGAACCUGAAGAUGAUAAAGAACCCGGGGUGGAACUAGCCGAAGAUACUGGAGAGUUUGGAUUAAGUGUGGACCAAGCAAGACCUGAAGCACCAGGCAGUGAAGUAUCAACACUGGUGGAACUUUCAGAGGAGCAGACCGAGGCUGAUAUUACAGUGGUCUCAGAGAUUAGUGUAGCAGUAUCUAAAACCAGACUCAUCGAAGAAGACAGGCCAGACCAAAAUGGAACACUCCCUCAGAAUGGUACAGGUAAAGAAUAUGAUGAUUGUUCUGACCCCGGCACACCAGAGAGAUUUACUUAUGUAGUCAAUCGUGAAGAGACUGAUGAAGAGGGAGAAGAGGCGUUGGACAAUGAUGAGUCACCAGGAGGCAGCUCACUUCUGUGUGUACGGGCGCUCUACGAUUACCAAGCAGAGGACGACACUGAGAUUUCCUUCGAGCCUGGUGACAUCAUCAGCGAAGUGGAGACGGUGGACAAGGCCUGGUGGAGCGGCUUCAGCAAAGACGGGCGCAGAGGGCUCUUCCCUGCUAACUAUGUAGAGACCAUUUAAGGACCUCGUUUCUUUCUGGGACACUUCAUUGUGCCUUCUGAUUCAGUACCUACACUCAGUGACGGAUGUUUGGGUACUCAGUAGAGGAAAUCAAAAGAUGACACCAGCCUAGUGGAUGUGGCCUUUUUAGUGGAGGUUCUAAAAGAGGCCAAAAUAACAAGAUACAUCAAGAAUAUAGAAAUAAUGUCCAGGAUCAGAUGUUGGGCAGAGAUUCAUGUAUGAUGAGCUGUCGAGAGAUUGUUUAGGUUAUUCUGAAUAGGACUGUUACAGUUUAGAGUUUUCUAAGCAUGGUAACCGCACAGAAAAUUACUGUAGUAAUAAAGUAUUUCAUUGGUCAAUGAAUAAAAACAGCAAUAAUGUUCCAAUACAUUUCACUUAUUUUACUACCUUGGCUGGACAGCUGAGAGGUCACUCACAGUGCUACAGGAAAACAGUGGAACGUUGUUUAUUAGACCCCUAUUCAAACAUUUUUGGAUGGACAUUUAUCUCUCAGGUGCUUGAGUGGUGCAGCAGUCUUUUAUGCUGUCCCACCACUGCUGAGAGCCGGGUUCGAAUCUCAGCUGUACUAUUGGCUGGUCUGAAAAACUAAACAUUAGUGAUAACAGUAAAAGAAAACAAUAAAUCCUGUUACUCCGAGGGUAAUAAAAAUAGCACCAUACAGCUUGUUAUACCUGACAGUUUUGCGGUAUCACAGUUCCUGUGACGGUCCUAAUAAACAGUCCACCAUUGUUUUCUGGCUUUUUAUUCCAUAUGAUUUGGUUCUGCACUACGUUGAUUAUGUUUCUAACAUGUAAUCUUGUAAGUUACCAUUUUGCUACUGGCUGAUUCCUGGUUUUGUUGGAUAUGGUCACUCUGGGCUUUUGUUACAGCCACAUAUAGAGCAUUUAUCUAUUUCAUUAUUAUUUUAUGUUUUUAUGGGGAAGAUUUCUGGUAUUACUACACAGGGUCUGUGGCCCUGCUACAUAGAUUUUGAUAAUUUUCUAAAAUAUAUAUUUACAAACCGUGUGCUUUACUCGCUGUAUUCCUGUAACAUUACAAGCAUCUCUCUGUUUAAAGUAAAAGGUUUUUCAAUGUUGACAGUAAAGUCUAAUGAACACAGAACAGAAGUAUGUGGACACCUGAUAUGUGCAUACAGUUUAAAAUAUGACCAGACAACCUUAAAAUAAAAGCUUUCAGUGAUUUGGCACGGCAACAUAGCACCGUUAUUACACACCACAGUUUAAAGUUGGUCAAAUAUCUGCCUGCAAGUGCUGCUGUUUUACAGUGGAACAGUCUAAAAGCAGCUUGACCAGCAUACAAAAGUCAUAUGGUGAAAAACAAAAAGCAUCUGUCUGAAACUGCCUCUUGAAGCAACUUUAGCACAAGGCCUGUUCAAUAGGAGCCUAGUGGAUUGGGUUUCCAUGGCCAAACACCAAACCACAAGUAUAAGAUCAUCAUGCACAACCCCAAGCGUUCUCUGCAGUGAUAAAUCACACUGCACCACCUGGCUGUCUGACAACACCACUGAACUUAAAUCAACAUUCAUAAAGAAAAGUUUCAGAGAGACAUAGAGUUUUAAAGAUCUCAGCUCUAUUUAGCACCCCUGAAAGAAAUGUACUGGAAUACAGUAAGUAAGUCAGUUUAAAUACAUGGCUUCACUUUUACUUGUUCCAUAUAUAGUGAAAAGUCUUUCAAAAAGAAUGGAGGCUGUAAUAACAGCAAAAGGAACAACACCAUAAUUAUGUACUUAGUUUUCAAUGGUAUGUUAAGCACAUAUGGAUCUAAUGUUGGGUGUGUUCACAUACUUUUGGCCACAGUGUAUGAUAAAUGUAAAGCAACCCACAAUUCAUGAGUGUGACUGUAAUCUGUUACUAACCUGCUUAAUAUAAAAUGUAUCUGUUUUUCUUUUGUGCUAUCAGUGCUAUGUAGACUUAUCAGAAGAUUAGAAUUGUAUUGUAUAGUAUUAAGCUUCUGAGAGCCUGCUGUCCCCUGUCUAUGCUUUUUCUAUUUCAUUUAUUUCAGGCAAAUAAAAUGAUUUAAAACACA